AUGCCGCCUAAAAAAAUUGACGAGAGAGUUUUACUCGACAAAUACGAGAGUCUAAACGAACGCAUCGUUUCUUUAAUCAAUUCGGCUCAGAUUAAAAUAGACGAAAAAUGCAAGCCGACUACGGCUAAGAUCCUCGCGUCCGCCAUUCUCAAACUGGCCAAGGAACUGGAAGAAGCCUUUUCCGAGUGGAUUUCUGCCACGUCCACAUCAGACGAGACACUCGCAGCGGCAAGGAAGAUCCGCAACACUUCUGCUAUGAAGACGGACGAGAUUCUUGUCGAACUUCAAAUUGCCGCAGGUCCUCUCGACAUCGAAACGAAGCCUCAGAAACCUGACGUGGCCAAACUUCCAAAAGUCGAAUUCCGUUCAUUCGACACAGGUAAAUCUAACCCCAAGUUGUGGUUCGAACAACUGGAGGUGAUCCUCAAAACGAUGGCCAUCACGUCUCAGGAACAAAGGUUUGCUUCUUUAUUACGCCUCGUUGAUGAAUCUACGUCUUCUCUCUUGAGCUCCAUUACGAGAUCGAAUUCACCGUUUCCCUAUAAAGAAGCGAGGGAGCUGCUCAUUAAGGAAUUUUCGUUAUCGAAGUAUGACCGAGUUAGAUCUUACUUCGAAGCAUCACCAGCUGAUGACGAAAAACUAACCAUCUUCGCCUCUAGAGUGGAAGUAUUGGUGGAAGACAUUUCGAUGGACGACGUUCGUAAAUUUUGCCUCCUUCGCCAUGCCCCUGCGCAGGUUCGCCUCCAGCUAUCGGGCAAAGGUUUCGAAACCCUGUCUCUUGGCGAUCUCCUCAUGGAAGCGGAUACGCUCUCCCAGCGUGCGAAGUUGGACGCCCAAUUGGUUGCCGCCAUCCAUCCCAAGCAAAAGGGCAAAGGUAAAUUUAACAAAAAGCAGUGUGGCUUUCAUCGUAAGUUCGGGAGAGAAGCAAAGAGUUGUACAGGACCGGAAAAAUGCUCUUUUUGGUCGGAAAACUUACGUUUCGUAGGCGAUCGUCCCGAUGACAAGGGAAACGAUCCCGGCUCGUCCUUAAGAGGGUAG